ACGGCCCCGCCGGGGGCAGCGGGGAGCGGCUGCACCGCCGCCUCCUCCCGGGGCAGCCCCACGCGUGGCCAUGGCGGGGCUCGGGGCAGCCCCCCGCGGCACCACCACCUGCCGCCGCCGCCGCCGCCGCCGGGCUGCGGGCCCUCGCCCUGCUCCUCGCCGGUGUCUCCGCUGCCRGAGGGCAGGGUCCGGCACCACCACCGGCGGCAGUCGCCGGAGCCGAGCAAGGGCUCCCCGGAGAGGAAGAGUCCCAGCUCCCCCGUGUGUAAAGACAAAUCAAGACCACCUUCAUCAAGCCCUUCCAGUAUUGUUCGCCGGACGUCUUCACUGGAUACGCUUGCUGCUCCAUAUCUUGCUGGACAGUGGCCUCGUGAUAAUCAUGGACAAGCUGCUCCAUGUAUGAGAGACAAAGCCACACAGACAGAAAGUGCCUGGGCUGAAGAAUAUUUAGAAAAGAAGAGAAGCUCACACAAACGUUCAUCAUCCUGGGGCAGCAAUGAACAACUCAAGGAGAUUGCAAAAUUGCGUCAACAGCUGCAGAGAAGCAAACACAGCAGCAGACAUCACCGUGACAAGGAAAGACAGUCUCCUUUCCAUGGGAACCAUGCAGCCAUUAACCAUAGUCAGGCUCCCAUCCCAAAGAGUGCUCUCGUUCCUGUGAUACCUAUUACCAAAUCAACAGGAUCACGAUUCCGAAACAGUGUAGAAGGAUUGAAUCAGGAGAUUGAAAUAAUAAUUAAGGAGACMGGAGACAAAGAGGAACAACUUGUUCCUCAAGAUAUUCCAGACGGGCACCGGGCCCCACCUCCCUUGGUGCAGCGCAGCAGCAGCACUCGCAGCAUUGACACCCAAACCCCUGGUGGAGCAGACAAGGGCAGUAACAACAGCAGCCGCUCCCAGUCCGUGUCUCCAACCUCCUUUCUGACCAUCUGUAAUGAAGGCAGUGAAGAAAGUCCAUGUUCUGCAGAUGAUCCKCUUGGUGAUUCCAGAGAUAAAGAAAAUGGGAAUAAUUCUCCCUUGCCAAAAUACGCUACCUCACCAAAACCCAACAACAGCUACAUGUUCAAGCGUGAACCUCCUGAGGGCUGUGAAAAGGUGAAAGUCUUUGAGGAAAACUUGCCAAAGCCAUUGCACGAAAUUCCAGCCUUCUAUUGCCCUGACAAGAACAAAGUGAAUUUCAUUCCAAAAAGUGGCUCUGCUUUCUGUCUUGUCAGCAUCCUCAAGCCACUUCUUCCCACACAGGAUCUCACACUUAAGGGCACUACACACAGCCUGACUGUCUCCUCCAGCAUGACGCCUGGUUUGUUACAGCCCAUUUCUAUGGCCUCCUUGACUACAAACACAGAUCAAGACAGGAUCUCUCGAGGAACAAGUACAGUAAUACCACAAACCUCUCUGCUCCAGCAGUCGGGAUGUAUUGAGGAAGCUGAAGAAUAAUUUAGAUUGUCUUGACAUUCUUCUGGGCAACUACUGGGAAAAAAGGGGAACCAGUUGACUGGACCUUUCUGAUCACACACACGCAUUGUUUUAACAAUUUAUGGCACUGCCGUCAUGGAACUGUUUGUAUAAUUGACAGUUUGGUAGCACAUUGAGAAGUUCAGGAGGAUGCAGCAGCUGAUGUGCUGUUGCACUUUUUGUUUUUGAAGACUGGUUCUGUUUCUCUCCUGCUUUUUUUAAACACUGGUGACAACAAAGACUGUCAUAAUCCUUUGCCAUUUAAAGGACCAGUUGUGAUGGUGUGUGUCCUUUGACUUUUCUUCCCCAUUGAAACAAGUCUCAAGACCAACCAGCUGAUGCCAUUUACCAUUGUAAUCUGCAGAGGGAGGGGCAAUCUGAUGGUUUUGCAAGAUGUCUUUUGUAUGAAAAUGUGUAUUUUGUAAGAAAAUUUUGCCUUUUCUGGUUUGUAGCAGAUGGUGUUUCCUGGUGAUGAUCCCUCUACCCUUUUUUUUUUUUUUUUUUUUUUUUUUUUUUUUUUUUUUUUUUUUUUUUUUUUUUUGCUUUGGUAGGGAAGGUUCUUUUAUACUUGGCUGGCUUUCAGCUGAUGGGACCAAAGGAUUGCUGAACUAUUAUGGCAAUCUCAAAUUAUGUGACCUUGCUGAACAGCCUCAGACCUAAACAAAACAAGACAAAUUAAUGUUUGAAAUUUUUAAAACAGAAGAGUAUGCAAAAACAGUGUUAGUACAUAGUGUACAUUCUUUUGAUAUCAAAAAUUUGUGCUUCUGGUAAGUCACAUUCUUAAAACUCUUUCCUUCACAGAAUUCUUACUAGUGUUGCUUUAUUGGCUGGAAUAUUUCAUUUUGAAGCACUUGUCCCAGUAUUUGUCCAUAGAAUUUUUGUGCAUAUGUACAGAAAAAACAUAUUAUCCUCUUACUCKGUAUUCUUUCUUCCAGAAAAUACUUGUCUCAUAAGUAGCUGAGCAAGCCUGUAAGAUUCAGCCUGAAUCAUUAAUCACUCUUGGUACAAAUUUGCUCUGAUGUGACUCAUCACUGUAUUAUAGACCCUGGCCACAUAAUACUGAAAUACCUGUGCAUGGUUUCCUCCCUUUUGUCAUAGUGGUGUUUGUGUGUCYGUUGAAGGUGAUGGUUUGUCAGGCAUGAUAUCUGUUACACAGAAGUUUACAGCAGCAGAUACAUUCUCCCUUUUGGACUAGCAGCUUAGGCUGGCAUGUAAAACAGAGGAUUUUGAUAUUUUUUGGAUACUUGCUCUGUGUUAAUAAUGUGAUGGUUAAUGGUUGCUUUGAAAUUACAAUAAAAGGCAAAAAUUUGGGAGGGAAAGGCAACUGCAAGCAGAAACUGUUCAGGAACUUCCUUGAGGUUUCYUGUGUUCCUGGAGUGCAUUACUUGGGUUUGAGUUAAUACAAUAUUAAUAUGCAGAAAACGACAGUGACCUGUAUACCAGUGUCAUAUCCACUUACAAAACAAGUUGGUCUUGUACCUCUUUAMCAGAGCUAGAUUCAGUAAUUUCAAAGUGGGCAGUCUCUGGGUCUGAAUAUUGGUCUGUUACACACGAGCAGUUCUCCCUGGCUUGCAUUAACACAGCUUACAUCURCAUGGCUUCCAUGGAUCAGUUGCAUUCUCAGGUCUUGUAAUGGCAACUGUUUAAAGGUGAUACUGCAAAURUAAGAGUCUUGUUCAGUGUUUAAUAUGCUGAAUUUGCUUGCAAACAUUUUGUUUGGGAGAAAAAAACCCCUGCAUAUGUGUGCAGAUAACAGUCAUAAUUUUGAUGCGUAUUUGCUGUUCCUUUAAAUCCUGUAUUAGUAACUAUGGUUGCAGUGUACUUUAUUCAGCAAGUAAGUAUAAAUCAUACUAGAAUUUGCAAGUUCUCUAUUUACAGUAUUUCUUAAACAUUAAGCAAAAAAAAACAGUAAAUGAAAAUUUUACCAGGAAUUAUUGAAGUAUURCACCUGUUAAAUCAAAAAAUAAGCAUAAUUUGGUUUACUAUGUAUCUUCCCAUGAAAAUGGACUGGAACAUUUUGAAGUAACAGUUUUUAGUUGCACUGACRUUGUCAGUUACCUGUAGUUGUUGAGGAACAGAGUUUUAAAACAGGCAGCUUUGUGCAUCAAACUUCUGUAAUUUUGCCAGUUGAUACUUCUUUUCUAGGCCUUUUGUAUAUUAGUUAGUUUCUUCUGAAACAGUGCAAUUUGAAGUCUAAAAUUUACUGCUUUAGAUAGGUUGGUUUAAACCUGGUGUGACUGAAUCCAGAUCAUAUUCAGGUGAAGGAAAUGCUUUUAAGUCUGUUUCCUAUUUCUGGAACAGUAGCAUGUAAAGAACUUUUUCAUCUUUGCCAAACUGCCUAGUGCUUUAUUAGGAGAUCUUAACUGAAUGGUUAAGAACCGAAGGGCUAAAGUUAACAAAUAGCCUUUUUACAGCCUUGACAUUUAACUGACUUCACCAAAAUGCAUUCUGAUGUUUGUUUUCAUCACAGUGUGACUCUCCCAAAUAGCAGUGGGCUUUCUUACUGUAGGACUUUCUCUUGCACCUGUUGUUGUAGUACUUUGAAAAUAUCUCUGGUAGUUUAUCUUGUAUGUUAUUGGACAAUGUACUGUACAAAUUAGUGAGCUGCUCUGAUAAAAACCAAAUGUAUAUGUGUGAAGUUCUUGCUUUUUAUACAAAAACUGCAUUCAGGACAACAUUCAGUCUUUUUUAUAUGCAGGACCACUCUACUAUUGCUGUGGCAGCUCAACUUUAUUAUGAAUCCACACUAAAGACUCAGAAUUAAGAAAAUGUGACAGCUCUUGUUCUGAGACCAGCUUUGAUGUGUGCAGACAAAAACUAGCCUUAAAUUUUUUAUGUGCUGUUUUGUGCCAUAGCAUAGCUGUUAGCUUAAGUAUUUAAAUCUGUUUGCAAAUAGCUUUGAGAGCGCAUGGAGCUUUUUAAAAAAUUAUUUUAUGUAUAGAGUGGGAUGUUCAUUUUUUUGGGGGGAGAUAACCUGUGCAUUACACAAGCACAGUUUUACUGAAAGAGUUCAAAUUCUUUUUGCUUACUUAAAAUCCUAACUAUGCAUAGACCUAGUCAGUUCCUCGAUUGCCUACUUUGUAGCUUAAGAAAAAGUAAAGGUCUAUUUUUAUGCACAACUUGACACACUUGAUAUUCUUGUUUUCUUGGUAUUUCACGCUUCUGGCCACACAAUAACACUGACAGUUGAUUUUGAGAUAUACUAAAUUAUGUUACUCCAGUUGUAAAUUCUACUYAAAUCACAAGGAAGGACUCCAUUGUAAUGGAGUCCAUGGUGAUAGCUAUGAUUAUUGGAAUUAUUUUUUCAAAAACUCAAGGCACAAGGGAAAAGGGCUCCUUUGUUCAAGUUUGAUCUGCAUCAGCUAUUCUUUCCCUGCUUGGUUCCAUAAUUCUGUAGCAUUUAAGUACUUGGAAAAGUAACAGAUAAUGCUUAAAUACAURUAUCCUGGAAAGAAAUUCUUGGUUUCAGGUACACAUCCCAAGUGAGGAAAGAAGGGAAUGAAAAUAAAAUAUUGCAUACUGUGGAAGUAAGUGAUUGCUGUAUUUGAYUUAUGUAAAGCAAUAGCAGCUCCUAUAAAGUAUGUUUAGUCUCAGGGCUAUUUUUUGAUCUGUUCUAAAAUACGAUUUCCUGGAAUUCAGAGUCUGAGACUGUUGAAAAACACUGAAGCUGAGCUUUGUGGGAAGAAGGAAACAAAGUAACCAAACMUUUCCUCUGCCUCAGGCCCAUCUUCUUGUUGCUUGUAAGAGAAUUCAGUGGUACCACAGUUAUUCCUURCUGAAGUAUUAUCUGUUCUCUCUCCCUGCCAUCUCUGAAAUGCCAACUGAUGUCUUGACAAAAACUUGAUGCAAGUGAUGUCCWUAUUUCUUUGCUAAAUGUUUCUAURGUGAGUACUUAACAGCUUCUCCAUGAAGCUGAGAGGGCAAAGGAGGAUACACAGGAAGUCACCAAAUACUUUCAGUUACAGAGAUAAUCUCUGCAGGGUGACUUCUUGGGUAUCUUGAUUUCCAUUUGACUCAUUGUGUGCAUGCACACAUGCAGUCUGCAUAGGUCUGCUGCUUUUAUCUGUAUGGUUGGAGGCAGGGCUGGGAUUUUUGAGAACUUGGKUUUUUUUUCCUAUAUACAGAUUUGCAGACCUGUUCUCUUCCAGAACAGAUGCACACUUACAUGUAUCUCCAAAGCAAAGGUUGUGUGUUGUUCUUGUGCUCACGAGAUAAAUACAACCUGCAAAAAAAGAAAUAAAAGCACCCAAACACUUGAAAACAGCAGGACUGUGCUUUGUUCAUAAAAUUCCAUAGUUUAAGUGUUUGCUGUUCAUCAGACUUGAGCCUGGUUGAUAUGUAUUAAGUCAAAAUGUUUUCUCUUGGGAAAGGCAAUAGAAGGUAWGCCCUUCAUAACCUAGGGAGGUGAAAAGCACUGGAGAACAAUUAGUUUUACUGUAAUCAAAGAGUUUUUAGAGAAUUGUUUUUCUGAAUAUGGAUUUACAGGAAAACAAAGUGACCAAUCUCUGCAAGAUGUACCUGUGUAUUUUCUUGAUGUGAAUUUGUGAUCAACUCUGAAAAUCAGUUCCACUCUUAGUGUUCUGUUCAUACAAAGAAUGACUUMGAUGCAUUGUUUGGAAACUGUUACUUUGCACAUGGAUUCAAGGUGGGAGAGAACAUAAUGUUAACUGUUGACAAGUGUUCUGUGAAAUUCCAGUCCUGUACCCCAAGUGAACCGCAGCAGUCUCUGAACAUAAAUGGAGUCCUGUUACUGCUUGCUUGGUUUCAUUGCAUGUCAAAAGUAAAUACUUAAGGUAUGGUCUUUGUUGAAUAGUUCUUCACUGGGAUUUGUAUUUGAUUAGACAGUCUUCUGUAGUGCUGACCAGUCUGUCUGAAUAGCAGAAGAGGAUUUGGCCUGAUAACACUGCAAGUUAACUCAAUUUCUUACGCAAACUUCUUUUGAAACAACUCUCUUUGGAAAAUCUACUAAGCUAAUAAAAGAAAACAACCCCCUUCUGAACACAUCAUCCAUCCUAAUUGUCAAUGUACAGAUAGUUAAGAACAUAGCUUGGCUUCAUUCUAGAUGAUUUCAUUUAUUGAAAUGUGCAAUUUUUGAGGGUAGCUGUCAAGGGAUGUUCAAAACUGCCAUUAGAUUUGCCUUUGUAUGAAAUUGGCUGAUAUGUUUUCCUCUGUUACACUGUGAUAACUUGUGGAGAUGUUCUUGCUUAUGUUGUACUGAUAGGUUAAUUGUUGCAUGUAAAGCAAUUUUUGUAAGCAAGAGGAAUUCCAGGGAUGUUCUGCAAAAAAGGGCCUAUUCUGAGGUGAUGUGCACUGUUGUCAAACUGGAGCAGCUCAACUAAUUUCAAUGGAAUUCUUGAUUUACACUAGUCUUUUUGCUAUGUGUAGUUAUGCCAGUAAAAUUUUGCACAAUGUUAUUUGAAUAUUGCGUUCUGACUUGUGAACUGUUUCUACUGAAAACAGUGAAAAUUUUACAAACUGCAAUAGCGGAAUGUUUUUGGCCUUUUUUUGUUUUUGCCUAAAAUAAAAAGUUGUCACUUGGA